UAUGUCAUGUUCUCACAUAUAUGGAAUUACCCUGAGGGCCCAGGGAAGGAGCCAUUAUUCAAGGAUGUCAAUGCAGUCAAAUCUGUGUGGAACCUUUCAGACAAGCCCCUGAAUAACAAAUUGCAUAAUUUCUGCGAGGAAACACACAGACUUGGUUACAGCUGGGCAUGGUCGGAUACCUGUUGUAUCGACAAGACCAAUACCUUCAUCCUCAAUCAAUCUCUUAAAUCAAUGUACAGCUGGUAUGCAAAUUCAGCAGCCAUGCUCGUAUUCCUUGCCAACAUUGUGCAUCUGUCCAAGUGGGGGGACCUUAUGCACAGUCAAUGGGUGACACAAGCACGGACUUUGCAAGAGCUUCUCUCACCGAAGAUCAUCCUUUUUUAUGAUUCCAACAAUAAUGUCCUGAACCACAAGGACUCUCUGGAAAUCAAGCAAGAACUAGCAGUUGCUAUCAGGAUUCUGCAGAAAACUAUCAUCAUGUUCUCUCCAGAAAAUCUCAGGGUGCAUGAAAAACUCCAUCUUGCUUUGACACACAAUGUGAUGGUCAAGGAAGAUAUUGCAUAUUCUCUUAUUGGCAUAUUCCAGUCCAAUAUCAUACCACAGUAUGGUGAAGGAGCUGAUGCUCUUGGCCAUCUCUUGGAGGGGAUUGUAGACCAUACCUGCGAGGUAACUGUGCUCACAUGGUCUGGGAAGUCAUUGUCAUACCACAGUUGUCUGCCAGCUUCCAUUUCUGUUUAUGAGUAG